AGAGGAAGAAGAGGGACGUUCGCUCUUUGGUUGUGAUAUUUCCGACAGCACCUGACGUACACACCAGUCAUCCUGCAGCUGAGCUCAUCCUCCGGACCUCCAGCACCUGUCCUCACCGGGUUUCUGCCACCGUCAGCCGAACAUGGCGCUCCGGAGGUUCUUCGUGGGAGGAAACUGGAAGAUGAACGGGACCAAGGAGAGUCUGGAGGAGCUGAUCUCCACCCUGAACACCGCCAGCCUGCACGACCAGACCGAGGUGGUGUGUGCUGCUCCCUCCAUCUACCUGGACUUUGCUCGGUCCAGUCUGGAUCCCAGGAUCGCCGUCGCAGCCCAGAACUGCUACAAGGUGGCCAAGGGAGCGUUUACAGGGGAGAUCAGUCCCGCCAUGAUAAAGGACUGCGGGGUAGACUGGGUGAUCCUGGGACACUCUGAGCGCCGCCAUGUCUUUGGGGAAAGCGACGAGCUGAUUGGCCAGAAGGUGGCUCACGCACUGGAAAGCGGUCUGGGUGUGAUCGCCUGCAUCGGGGAGAAGCUGGAGGAGCGCGAGGCAGGCACCACAGAAGAAGUGGUCUACGCUCAGACGCAGGCUAUUGCAGAGAACGUGAAGGACUGGGGGAAAGUCGUGCUGGCAUACGAACCCGUGUGGGCCAUCGGCACAGGAAAGACAGCUUCACCUGAGCAGGCUCAGGAGGUCCACGAGAAGCUGAGGGCGUGGCUCCGAGCUAACGUGUCGGAUGACGUCGCCGACUCUUUGCGCAUCAUCUACGGAGGCUCCGUGACGGCAGCUAACUGCAGAGAGUUGGCGUCUCAGGGCGACGUGGACGGCUUCCUGGUGGGCGGAGCCUCUCUGAAACCAGAAUUUGUCAACAUCAUCAACGCACGCGCAUAGCAGGAACAGGAAACGGCUCCGACUGACUUUAACUCAUCGCCGUGCGUCUGCUGACUGGGCCGACUGAUCCUCAGAGAGACGAGGACGGUUUAGGAAUAUGAUAUUUGACGCAAACAUCUGAGUGUGUAGAAACGACAGAUUUUAUUUCCAGCGUAGGAUCAGUCGGCCUGGCUUGUUUUGUGUGGUUGCUCACAGAUUGUUAACACUGUUGUAAUGUUGUAUUCACGUCUCACUCGACUGUGACCUCACGGUCCUUCACAAUAAAAGUUCGGGACAAAAUGUCCUGAAAUAUACACAACACACAUUUACAGAAUCUCAUCUUUCUGCUGAUAUUCGGCUUUGGGGAGUUUGGGACUUUUAUUGUGAAACUGUCACCAACAGGAAGUAAAAGUUUAAGUAGUUAACACUGUGUUUUGCUGUGUGUUCAUCAUAUUAAUGUGACCAAUCUACAUGAUUAAAUAAAAUAAAAUAAA